AUGGACAACAGAAACGCCCAGAUGUACAUGGAGGAGGAGAAGACUGGCAACUCCUUCCCGCCAUCCACGCCACGACCUAACACACCCAAAGAAGGGGUCAAGGCUGCGGAGACCAAGCCAGCACCGGGGCCUGUUCCUCCACCAGAGGUGAGGGACAUUGGAGAGAGAAGGGAGCCGGGCUGUGCCCCGAAGCAGCCGCGGGAGCCCACAGCGACCACGGGAGCCCAGGGCCUCGGGAGCACCGGGCAGGGCUUCAUGAAGUGCCUGCUGGAGGUGGAGGAGGAGGAGGCCAUGCAUCGGAGGGCCGCCAAGGCCCGGGCCCUGCCAAACCGGAAGGCCCCCAAGACCCUGACCCCCGUGCCCACCUCAGCCCCGGUUGGCAACUCAGCCUCAAACCUGCCCCUGACACUGCCUCAGACCCCUGCCUCGGCCCCUGCCAUGGCCCCGUCCUGGGUCCGGUCGCCAGCCCCUGGGCCCAUCCCUGCCGCUGUGGGAGCCCCUGUCCCGGCCUCUGUACCUGCCACGGUCCUGCCAGCGCCCACCCUGGACCUGGGCUGGAGAAAGACAGUGUUCGUGCACCACAGCAGCGAGAGAAGCCUGGCCCAGGUCAAGGCACGGCAGGACCUGGAAGAACACUGCCUCCUAAACUUGUAUCAGAACUGGGAGGCGCGGGCCGAGGAGCACCUCACUCUGAAGCAAGAGGAAGGAGAUGGUCACGUGGGCUUCAAAGAUUUCUUGGCCGUAAUGACAGACACCAAGCGCUUCUUCUGCUCCGUGGAACAGAACGCCCUGACGGCUCCCCCGAACCCCCACACUCUGCUCUUUGAGAUCCUGUCCCUGCUGGUGGAGAUGCUGGCCUUACCUGAGGCGGCCUUAGAAGAGAUCACCAACUAUUACCAGAAGAAGCUCAAGGAAGGGACCUCGAAGGCCCGAGAGAUGGAAUCGGCCAUAGGCCGGCUGCGGUCCCGGAAGAAGCUUCCCUGCAACCUGCAGCAGGCAGACGGCCUGGAAGUCCCAGAACGAAGGGUCCUCAGGAUCCUGAACCGGCUGAAGCAGCAGAGCUACGCCGUCAACCUGCAGAGCCCCUACGCCCAGGUGCCCUGCAUCCCACUCUGCCCGAGGCUGGACAAGAAGACGGUAGGCCGGAAGCAGGGCGGCCAAUACAUGUUGGACCAGUGCACCCCCAGCAACCCGAGCACUGAUUUUCAUAGCCUCUACUUCCAGUCAGGAUCUCCAGGAAGCAGGGAACACAGUUCUGACGGCCGGAAGUGGCUCAGCUCUGUGCCGGCUCGAACCCACUGACCCUGCGGAGUCCUGACUCUGGACAGCUGUCUAAGACCUGCGGACA